UGGUUGGAGCCUGCAGCAUAGAAAGACCCAAAGAUCUAAGUAGUGCUUCUUGGUCCUGGUUGUGCUUGAGAACCUCAGGGGAGGAGGAGGUGUCUAAAAAACUCAGCAGACCAAUUAAAUCUGGAUGUCUGGGGGUGGGGCCCAGGCAUCAGUAUUUUUUAGAAGCUCUCCAGGCUAUUUUGUGGGACCAAGUUGAGGAUCAUUGUGCUAGAAGAAUGGGACGUCUCAAACAGAAAUCAGAGGCAUUCUGUAAUGGAAAGAGAGAUGGGCUUGAACCUAAAACACUGGGUGAAUUUGUUCUCUGAAUAUAGCUGUGUGAGCUGGGGCAAGCCUUGUGCCCUCUCAGGGCCUCUGAGUUAUCUUUUGUGAAAUGGGAAGGUAAGAAGGUUGCUGUGAGGUUAAAAUAGGACAGUGUACAUGCCUGGUACAGAACACUGGCCAAGUUAGACUAGUCAUGUAGGGAAUGUUGCAGCAGGCUGAAGCAGCAAGGGGGCUGUGUGGAUCCUAGGGACCCUCUCAGCCAUUUCUCUAGCCAAGCUGGUUGUGUGAAACCCCUAGCCUUCCAGGAGAUUGGUAGAUAGAUAGAGUGGUACACUAAGUGUACUAGGAAUUCCUUUUGGACUGGGAGUGGUCUGGGAAGGCUUCCUAUAGGAGGUGGCUGGUGGGUCUUCAGUAUGUGGAUCCUUUCAGCUCCUAGCAGGGCAUGUAUCAUCUUAGGUGUUUUGUUCCCACCUCCACCUUAGCGAUGAUGACGAUAAUAGUGAGGCAUAGAGAGGUUUAAGAAGUCUGUCCACCUUCCAGCCCAGUAUUUGUUUAAUGAAUGAUGUACUGGUCCAGCGGCUGAGGAGGUUGGAGAAGUCUCCAGCCUGCCUGCCCUCCUUCCGCUGAGCCCCACCUUUUGACCCUCAAGCUCCAUGAACUGCCAGGAAAGGGUGGCCAGAGGCUUCUCGUAGGCUGACCACAAGCCCCAAUGCUUAAAGACUGAGGGAGACUGAGUCAGCUUCCACGUGGCCAGAGGGCAGCAGCCGGGCCUAGGAUUGCCACCUGGGGAAGCAGGGCCGGGAGAGCCGGCCUGAGGCCCCAGGGCUCAGGGACAGCGCUGGGGAGCCCGAGGGGCAGGCACGGGGCGGACCCUGAGGAGGGCUGGGUGGGGGGGGGGGGGCGGCAGGCUGGGCCGGCCUGCGCCCUGGCGCUGGGACUUCCUUCUAGGGUUUCAAGUAAACAGUCUCGGCCCCCCUCCCCUCCGCUGCCUCCACCCCCGGCGCCUCAUUCGAUGGGUCUCAUGUGUUUCUAUUUAAGGCUUGCGAGUAAACCCCAGCGAUUGGCGGCCUCGGACCCUCUCGACUUCUCGCCCGGCCGGGCUGCGGAGAGUCCUCCCGCUUUCUCCCGCUCCCCCGAGGGGAGGACCGCCGGCUGGCCUCCUCUGGGCUCGCCGGGCCGGGGAGAGGCAGCGGCCCUCCUCGCCUUGCCGCUCUCCCCGCGCCGCCCCGGCCUCCGCCCUCAUGGGCCGCCCGCCCGCCCACGCACGGCCCUCCCCUCGCGCCCCGGUGGGCCGGGGGGUCUGGAGAGACGGCGUCCACCCCGGGCCUCUGCUCAGACUCCCCCAUGCCGGGCUGUGACGAGCUCGUCGCAGCGGAAGGCCUUUUCCUCUGAGUUUCCUCGACCUCCGCCUCUGCCUCUGUCCCCCUCCGCCGGCCCUCCCCUCGGCCCCCCGGCUCCCCAUGUCCCCCGGUCCCCGCCGAGCAGCGGGCCGGUGUGGGGCCUUGCUAUAUGGCCUGUCCUUGGGGCCCAGCGAGCUGCGAGCCCUGGCUGCGGGCGGCCCCCCGAAGCGGCGCUGGCGACGGAGCAGCCUCCCCCGAGGCCGAUGGACAGGGGGCGCCCCGGCCGCGGGGCCAUGGCUGGCCGCUGGCUCACCGCGUGCUUUCUGCCCUCGCCAGGUGCCGACACCAACACCGAGCCCAUGAUCCUGGAGCAGUACGUGGUGGUGUCCAACUAUAAGAAGCAGGAGAACUCGGAGCUGAGCCUCCAGGCCGGGGAGGUGGUGGACGUCAUUGAGAAGAACGAGAGCGGCUGGUGGUUUGUGAGCACCUCUGAGGAGCAGGGCUGGGUCCCUGCCACCUACCUGGAGGCCCAGAAUGGUACUCGGGAUGACUCGGACCUCAACACCUCCAAGAGUGGGGAAGUGUCCAAGAGACGCAAGGCCCAUCUGCGGCGCCUGGAUCGCCGGUGGACCCUGGGCGGGGUGGUCAACAAGCAGCACAGCCGAGAGGAAAAGUACAUCACUGUGCAGCCUUACACCAGCCAGAGCAAGGACGAGAUUGGCUUUGAGAAGGGAGUCACUGUGGAGGUGAUCCGGAAGAAUUUGGAGGGCUGGUGGUACAUCAGAUACUUGGGCAAAGAGGGCUGGGCGCCAGCAUCCUAUUUGAAGAAAGCCAAGGAUGACCUGCCAGCGCGGAAGAAGAAUCUGGCAGGCCCAGUGGAGAUCAUUGGGAACAUCAUGGAGAUCAGUAACCUGCUGAACAAGAAGGCAUCCGGAGACAAGGAGACUCCACGAGCUGAAGGCGAGGGCCCCGAGGCCCCCAUCACCAAGAAAGAGAUCAGCCUGCCCAUCCUCUGCAACGCCUCCAACGGCAACGCCCUGGGGGUCCCCGAGAGGACCGUGUCCAAGCUGGCCCAGGGUUCUCCCGCUGUGGCCAGGAUUGCCCCUCAGAGGGCCCAGAUCAGCUCCCCAAACCUAAGGACAAGGCCUCCACCUCGCAGAGAAUCCAGUCUGGGGUUCCAGCUGCCGAAGCCGCCAGAGCCCCCUUCCGUUGAGGUGGAGUACUACACCAUUGCCGAAUUCCAGUCAUGCAUUUCUGAUGGAAUCAGCUUUCGCGGAGGACAGAAGGCAGAGGUCAUCGAUAAGAACUCUGGCGGCUGGUGGUACGUGCAGAUCGGUGAGAAGGAGGGCUGGGCCCCUGCAUCGUACAUUGAUAAGCGCAAGAAGCCCAACCUGAGCCGCCGUACAAGCACGCUGACCAGACCCAAGGUCCCUCCACCAGCGCCCCCCAGCAAGCCCAGGGAGGCCGAGGAGGGCCCAGCUGGUGCCAGCGAGAGCUGGGACUCCCCACUGAAACUCAGGUACGAGGAGCCCGAGUACGACAUCCCUGCCUUUGGCUUUGACUCGGAGCCGGAGCCGAGUGAGGAGCCCACGGAGGACAGCGGCGCAGGGGAUAAGCAGCCCGCGCAGCCCCACAGGCCCUCGCCUGCCUCCUCGCUGCAGCGGGCCCACUUCAGGGUUGGGGGGUCUUCGGAGGAUGUGGCUCUGGAAGAGGAAACCAUCUACGAGAACGAGGGUUUCCGGCCAUGUGUAGAGGACACUUUGUCAGCAAGAUGCUCCUCCCGGGACAGUGACUCCCCAGGGGGCUCCCCACUGUCCCUUGCCAGGAAAAACUCCCCCAAAUCAGGCUCCCCUAAAUCGUCAUCACUCCUGAAGCUCAAAGUAGAGAAGAAUGCCCAGGCAGAAUUAGGGAAGAACCACUCCUCGGCCUCCUUUUCCUCAUCCAUCACCAUCAACACCACCUGCUCCUCCUCCUCCUCCUCCUCCUCCUUGUCCAAGAACAGUGGCGACCUGAAGCCCCGUUCUGCCUCGGACGCAGGCAUCCGUGGCACUCCCAAGGUGGGGGCAAAGAAGGAUGCUGAGCUGAGGGCUGGCCUGACUUCCUGUGCCCGGGCCAAGCCAUCAGUCCGACCCAAGCCAUUCCUGAACCGAACAGAGUCCCAAAGUCAAGAGAAGAUGGACAUUAGCACUUUACGGCGCCAGCUGAGACCCACAGGCCAGCUCCGGGGUGGCCUCACAGGCUCAAAGAGCGAGGAUUCAGAGCUGCCCCCCAAGACAGCCUUUGAAGGUCCCAAUGAGGGGUCCAGGAGAGGCUCGGCUGACCUCAUCACCCUCCCAGCUACCACAUCCUCUUGUCCCACCAAAAAGGGACUGGAAGGGCAGGCCACCAACUACAGGACAUGCAGUGCCUACCAGAAGGUCCAGGACUCAGAGAUCAGCUUCCCCGCAGGCGUGGAGGUACAGGUGCUAGAGAAGCUGGAAAGCGGCUGGUGGUACGUGAGGUUUGGGGAGCUAGAGGGCUGGGCCCCUUCCCACUACUUGGUGCUCGGCGAGAAGGAGCAACCUGACCCCUCUGGCCAAGAGCCAGACACCAUAACCAGCAAGAGCAGGCAGAACGAGGGCAAGUCAGACAGCCUGGAGAAGAUCGAGAGGCGGGUCCAAGCUCUGAACACCGUCAACCAGAACAAGAGGGCCACGCCCCCCAUCCCCUCCAAGCCUCCCGGGGGCUUCAGCAAGAACUCAGCUGCCGGGGCAGUGAAGAUGAGGAACGGUGUGCGGCAGGUGGCAGUGAGGCCCCAGUCAGUGUUCGUGUCCCCACCACCCAAGGACAGCAACCUGUCCUGUGCUCUGAGGAGGAAUGAGUCGCUCACGGCCACUGAUGGCCUCCGAGGUGUCCGCCGGAAUUCCUCCUUCAGCACUGCGCGCUCAGCUGCCGCCGAGCCCAAGGGCCGCCUGGCUGAAAGGGCCCCCAGCCAGGGCUCAGACACACCUCUGCUGCCCACCCAGCGCAAUGGCAUCCCCGUGUCCCCUGUGCGCCCCAAGCCCAUUGAGAAGUCCCAGUUCAUCCACAACAACCUCAAAGAUGUGUAUGUCUCAAUUGCAGACUAUGAGGGGGAUGAGGAGACAGCAGGCUUCCAGGAGGGAGUCUCCAUGGAAGUCCUGGAGAGGAACCCCAAUGGCUGGUGGUACUGCCAGAUCCUGGAUGGGAUGAAGCCCUUCAAAGGCUGGGUACCUUCUAACUACCUGGAGAAAAAGAACUAACAGGACAGGGGUGGGGCAGCCUUAGUGUGGAUGAGCUGUGAGAUGAUGACAGAAGGGAAAGGGAAAAUGGGAGGGGUGGGGGGACAACUUUAAACCCUGCAGAAUGUGUGACCUCAGAGAUGCUCCAGCUGGAAGGUAGGGUCUGGUGGGGACCCACCCUGAGCAGGGAGGGGAAUGAGCAGGGGACCCCUGGGCCUGUGACCAGAGCAAGAGAGCUGAGCCCCACAAGGGCACCUUGGUGACUUCACUGAUGGACUCCGCACCAUUUGGGACAAGCCAUGUGGGAAGCCCCAAUUGUGCCUUGGCUGCAAAUCUGGAAAAGAUGUGGUCGUGGGGGCCUCCCAUGCCCUGCUCUUGUGUAGACCGGUUUCAGUUGCUGGCGUCUUGCCACCAAGGUAGCCUUUAUAUCACCCUAACCUGUAUUUGGGCACUGUGCUGGUUUCCCAGGGAUUGUGACCGCCCACCACAAGGGUGUGGUAGAAGACACUGCUGGCUCUGGGGCUUGGAGGCAUCUCCUGUGAGCUCAGCCUGUCCCUGGGCCAAGCCACUGUCAGUGUCAGUGAGCUGGAGAGAGAGCAGAUGCCCAGGGUCCAGGAAGGACCACCUUCCUUAGCUGUCACUGCCCCUGGCCUUGAGGAGUGAGCCUGCCCUGCCCAGGGCACCUGUGGAGGACCACCAGCCCCAGGGGUUACAGCAAGGGUGGGCGAGGCCCCAUUCUCCACAUUCUGCACUGGCUUUAUUUGGGAUAUUUCUGGGUGGCAGUUCUUUGCAUCCUUUGGGAGAGGUUUAUUGACUUGGAUCUUCUGCGUCAGGCCUUGGGUUUUGGUCUUAUUUUAGUGGCUGUUUGGGAGCCUAAGGGCCAUCAGCCUCAUGGGGGACAGUGUGGGUGGUGGAUAAGGCUCUUCUGUCUCUGGGGAGGUUGUUGGUUUUGUUUAUGUCUAACAUGCUUCCCCUCCACAAGUCAAAGUCGUUUCAUUUGGUUUCCACUAUGUGGACAGUACCUGAGCAUGGCACUUGCUGGAGGGAUUGGGGGCUGGAGAAGCCCCAGGUCCCAGGCAUGGCAAAGCAGAGACACUGCUCUUCUGGUUCUUGCCCUACCUCGGUGGGGCGGACCCUCCCCAGGAGGGAGGAGGGCAUUUUUCAGGAAACAAGGCAGUUUGCAGGCUGCUGGGUGAGCGUCAAUUCUGCAAACAUUCUCCCACUGGGCAGGACCAAAGCCUUACACGUGAACUGGGGAGAAGCAGCCAUCGCCCCCACCGAGGGCUGAGGGGACUCCAGCUGAGCAAACACGACCUCCACCCCACCGGCCUGCAAGCAAUGCCACAGUUGCCCGAGAAAAUGGAGGAUCCCCAGGCCGGGAGGUGACCUGGUCUUCCCGAGGAGCAGUGCCCCUGUGAAGAGAGAAGGGAGAGAAUAAAGUCCCUGUCAAUGUU